UGGACAUGAGUGUAAAUGGCUAAAAAAACCUAACCCGCUGACGUCCUCCAACUCAAGAUUUUCAUGGUUUUGGCAUCAAAAGUAGAUUUGAUUGAUUCGGUGCCUUUGACAGCAAUAACAAAGCAGAGAUCAGUGGCUCGUUGAGCAGAAGGAAAGAUGUCGUUCAGAAAGCGGAACGAGCCGAUCUUGUCCUCGGCCAGGCAUCCGCCUCCAAUCGUCACUCCCUCCACGACCCUUCGCCGUCCUCGACCCACCCCAUCAUCCACCACAACCUCCCACCCAUCACCAGCUACAGCUCCACCAUCCUCGCCCGCACGCCGCCCUUCUCCUUUCUUCUCAUCUCACACAAUCCACUCGACCGGCACCUCGACACUAGACAAGCUGCUCCUGCACGGGGGCCAGCCGCUCGGGACAAGUCUUUUGCUUGAAGAGUCUGCGGCGACUGAUUUCGCGAGCGUGGCUGCAAGGUGCUAUGCCGCGCAGGGAGUGUGUAAUUCCGAUACUGUGAUAGUGGUUGGUGUGGAGGAGGGGAGAUGGGGUGCUGAGUUGCCUGCGAAGGCGGAGCCGAAGCGGGGGUCGAGGAAAGCUAGCAGCAGCAGCAGCGGCAGCGGCGGUGACGCGGAUUCAAAGAAACAAGAGUUGAAGAUUGCAUGGCGAUACAAACUAAACGACCCCAAUAGCAAAGCGGCAACAGACAACCCAGAAGCAGCAGCUGAAGACGAAGAAUACUGCACGCCGUUCAACAUCACCGCUCGAGCUCUGCAUCCUCCAUCUACACUGAAAUACAUCGCCGUCCAACCUACGGAUACCUACGACGCGAUUCUCGCUCGUCUCACAGAUUUGCUCGCCGACAGCAGAUCAACCUACCAACAGCAGCAUCAGCAGCCCCUGCAGACAAUCAGACUGAUCAUCCCAUCAUUCCUCAAUCCGACCGUCUACUCCGACGUCGAGAACUGCUUCGACCCGCCCAAGCUGCUCAAGUUCUUGAGCUCUCUCCGCAGCAUACUGCGCGCGAACGAGCAUAGAAUGUCGGCUCUCAUCACACUGUCUACAAGCCUAUUCGAUAGCUCGCUACAAGACGUCAAUGAGCUUGGAGAUGAAGGCAACGCCGUCUUACUUCCCUGGAUCGAGACCCUCGUCGACGGCGUAAUACGGUUAAUCCCUACCCCCUCCCUCUCAAAAACGAGUGGUCCACCAAAGACCUCUACCAAAGACGCAGACGACAAACAGGGAAGCUUCCAAGGGUUUGUAGAUAUCCUCAAAGUCCCGAUCGUGAGCGACCGCGGCGCGAUGGUGGUGAGGAAAACAGAGUACGCGUUCAAGGUCGGCAAGAACGGGUUGCGGAUCGAAAAGUGGGGGAUUCCGGUCAUCAUUGAUGAAGGUGCCGAGAAAAAUACGACUCAGUCUUUGGAUUACUAGGUUAUGCUUGGAUCAAAAUUUAUAAACACAAAAGAAAUAAAUAAUAAUGAUAUAGACAGAUUAAUCAGAAUGGCUGCUCGCGGCCGCUAAUCAUAUCUAGACUGUG